UCAGUGCUGUCCUCCUGUGAUUGCAGGCUGGUACUGGUAUAGCUGAACUCAUAGCUCUUGAGAUGUCAAAACAGACAAAAGCUCCAUUGGAAGAGAGUCGCAAGAAAAUUUGGCUUGUGGACUCAAAGGGAUUGAUUGUUAGAUCUCGAAAGGAGUCCCUUCAAUUUUUCAAAAAACCUUGGGCUCAUGAGCAUGAACCUGCUAAGACACUUCUGGAUGCUGUCAAGGCAAUCAAGCCAACUGUGUUGAUUGGUACCUCUGGGGUGGGAAAAACAUUUACGAAGGAGGUGGUUGAGGCUAUGGCAUCCUUUAAUGAGAAACCUGUCAUUCUUGCUCUGUCAAACCCAACCUCACAGUCUGAGUGCACAGCUGAAGAAGCCUAUGCAUGGAGUAAGGGCCGUGCAAUUUUUGCUAGUGGGAGUCCAUUUGACCCUGUUGAAUAUGAUGGGAAAGUUUUUGUACCUGGCCAGUCAAACAAUGCAUACAUUUUCCCUGGACUUGGGUUGGGUUUGUUAAUUUCCGGUGCAAUCCGUGUGCAUGAUGAGAUGCUUUUGGCAGCCUCGGAAGCAUUGGCUGCACAAGUGACACAGGAGAAUUUCGAGAAAGGUCUACUCUAUCCUCCAUUUGCUAAUAUCAGAAAGAUAUCGGCGCAUAUUGCUGCAAAUGUAGCUGCUAAAGCAUAUGAACUAGGUUUAGCAACCCGUCUCCCUCGACCAGCAAAUCUGGUCAAGUAUGCUGAGAGCUGCAUGUACAGUCCUACCUACAGAAACUACCGGUGAAUUGGUGGAAACAUCCCUGAAGUUCUUGUAGUCUCCUUUGUUUUUCAACCUCCCUCUGUACUUUUUUCUUCUUCUAUAUUUUGCCCUUUGUGUUUCCUGUUAGUAUUGAAACUUUUGUUCCUGUUUGGUUCUAGGUUGUAGCUUGAAAAUGUCUCACAUAACUUUAUAUGAAAUAAAUCAUGGUCUUUUAUAGUUCCAA